GAGAUAAGAUAUUUAUUUAAAGAGACAAAUAAUAAAAAGAAAAAUAAAGAUACAUAUUUAAAGCGUGUUUAAGUUAAGUUAAGUUUUGUGCGUCUUCAAAUACGUACUUUUGAAACAUAAAACUGAACAAUAGUAAAUAAGAAAAAUAGUAAUACGUAACAUGUUUGCUGGUGCAAAUGAAUCGAAAAAAUGGCUACGGGAUAAUACCAUACUUCUGAGAGCCGCAAAGGAUCUCGAAGAAAGACGCAGUCAUUAUGAACCAUCAAUUGGUCCAGGUGUACCAGAUCAUACCGAUGAUCCGUUAUUUAAUUUUGAAGAAAAUGACUUUGUACCACACUUUCAACGAGUUUCAAUAUCCGGCGAAGAUACAUCGGGAGUGGGUGUAUAUUUACAGGUACCAUUGGAGGAUCUUCAACAGGCAUCGCAGAUGCUUGUUCAAGCCUUGGUUAUUCGAGAAAGAUAUAUGAACAAUUCUAAACAAAGUUUUCCUUCUAUCACGACCAAAUUUUUACGUAGCAUUGAUAAACGACCUGUUACUUCCAACGACGAAGUUCAACACGAUGAUCGCAAAGCUAUCGCAGAUCAUCCGGUACACGCGCCAGCAUCCCGUGGUGAUCCUUGGGAAUGUAAAUUUCCUCCAUCUAAAAAUUACACUAUAUUACCUAUAAACGGUGUAUUCAAUGUUUUCGCAAACGAAGAAGAUGCGAAAAAUGGGGAACCACUUCCUUAUUCCUAUCCAGAUUUAGGAGUUUUUGUUAGAGACAUGAAUCUUCUUUGUGCCAUGAUUGCAGACGGCCCUUUGAAAUCAUUUUGUUAUAGAAGAUUGAGUUAUCUUUCAUCGAAAUUUCAAUUACACGUUUUGUUAAACGAACUCAGAGAAUUGGCCAGUCAAAAAGCUGUUCCACAUAGAGAUUUUUAUAAUAUCAGAAAGGUUGACACGCAUAUUCAUGCUGCUUCGUGUAUGAAUCAAAAACAUCUUCUUAGAUUUAUUAAAAAAACAUUGAAAAAUCAUGCCGAGGAAAUUGUUACUUGUUCGAAAAAUGGUGAAACCAUGACACUAAGCGAAGUUUUUCAAUCAAUGAAUUUAACUACGUACGAUUUAAGUGUAGAUAUGUUAGAUGUACACGCUGAUAGAAAUACAUUUCACAGGUUCGAUAAAUUCAAUGCUAAAUAUAAUCCUAUAGGUGAGAGCAGAUUACGCGAAGUUUUUCUUAAAACUGAUAAUUAUCUUAAUGGUAGAUUUUUCGCAAGUAUAAUCAAAGAAGUAGCUAGCGAUCUUGAAGAAUCCAAAUAUCAAAAUGCUGAAUUACGAUUGUCCAUUUAUGGUAAAAGUCCCGAGGAAUGGGACAAGUUAGCUAAAUGGGCGAUACAGAGUGACGUUUAUUCUGACAAUGUACGCUGGCUUAUUCAAAUUCCAAGACUUUAG